AGCGCCUUUGCCCGAGAAGAGGGGAUAAUGAGGAAGGCGACCAGGGGCCGCUGAGCUCUUUCCAGCUUAGUCCAGCCGACGCAGGUGAGCAGCGCCGGGCCUCACCUGGGGCAGGGGCAGGAUGUAUACGCUGCUGUCUGGACUUUACAAAUACAUGUUCCAGCGGGACGAAUACUGCAUCUUGAUCCUUGGGCUGGACAAUGCUGGGAAAACGACGUUCUUGGAGCAGACGAAGACAAGGUUCACUAGGAACUACAAAGGCAUGAACUUUUCAAAAAUCACAACCACGGUGGGCUUGAACAUUGGCACCAUAGAUGUGGGCAAAGCCCGGCUGAUGUUCUGGGAUCUCGGCGGACAGGAGGAGCUCCAGUCUCUAUGGGACAAGUAUUACGCCGAAUCUCACGGCAUCAUCUACAUCAUCGACUCCACGGACGAGGAGAGGCUCUCGGAAUCCAAAUGGGCUUUUGAGAAGAUGAUCACCAGCGAAGUCCUGGAAGGCGUUCCGCUGCUGGUCCUCGCAGAACAAACAGGACGUCGAGGGCUGCCUUUCAAUCCCGGACAUCAAGACGGCAUUCAGCGACUGCAUCAACAAGAUUGGGAAGAGGGACUGCCUGACGCAAGCCUGCUCGGCUCUCACUGGCAAAGGGGUGAACGAGGGAAUCGAGUGGAUGGUGAAAUGCGUGGUGAGAAACAUCCAUCGCCCUCCGAGGAAGAAGGACAUCACGUAGAGGACCGUGGAGGAACCGAGUUCUGGACGCCUUUUGUCCGGAACAGCAUCGCUUCGCUCUGACUCUUUCUCUCCCUCUUUCUUGGAAUAAAGUCCCCGGACCUGCCGGUCCCUCCUGGCCCGUGUGCGUCGAAUGCACGCACCGCAUCGUCUUUUGGCGUCUUGCGAAAGGACUCCUCAACUGUGAAGGACUUUGAGCGAAGCCUCGAUCUACUGAUUUCUUCUACGCCCUUAGCACAGAGGGCGUGGUCUCCUCCCCUUGGGCGUGGGGGGUGCCCCUUUAAGCGUUCGGGGCUCGGACCACCUCUACAUCUCUUUUACCUGUGGGGCUGAAGAUUCGCUAGUUGGCCGAUCCAAAUGGAAACGGACGCUUAGAAGUCAUUCGGCGUCUCACAUUCCAGUCGCUGUCGUCCGAUUGCGUUUCCAGACCUGAAACUGUGGCCGUGGGUUUGGAAGUAGGAGGCGAUAGUUCCGUUGCGACAAAGAAAAUAUCUCGCCAGCGUGAGUGGGAAUAAGGGGCUCUGUUGGGGCGAAUGGCCCUGGUUAUAUCUGCGUCGAUACAGGGUUAGAAUCGAUGUAUAGAUUUCAUUCCCCGUCGGUCUGGGGACGACCGCAGGGGUUAGGCACAGAGACGGGUACCGUCAGCCGAAAGCUCUCUUUGGAUGACCUUCCCCUCCGGUCGCCUCAGCCAAGCAGAGAAAACGAGCCGGGAACCGUUCUCUCGCGGAGCUGAUAACGCUCUAUAUAUUUCCGAGAUCCAGAAACCCUGUAGGGAGUGUUAUCCAAUAAAGUUUCA